AUGUCAAAACUCUUUUCGCCGUUAAAGGUCGGAGCCAUUCAGCUGGAAAACCGGCUGGCGUUGGCUCCAUUGACACGAUAUCGGGCAGACGAUGAAUGGACUCCAACGCCCAUGAUGAAAGAGUAUUACGAGCAGAGAGCCUGUGUACCGGGUACACUGCUCAUUUCAGAGGGGACUCUCAUCUCGUAUCGCACAGCCGGCCGAUGGAAUGUGCCUGGCAUCUGGACUGAAGCGCAGAUUGCGGGCUGGAAAGAAGUGACAGACGCCGUUCAUGCGAAAAGAUCAUUUAUUUACUGCCAGCUGUGGCACCUCGGUCGUGGCGGGCGACAAGAUAUACUGCAGCAGCUGGGCUUGAACUUGGAAUCAUCAAGCGCAGUUCCCAUCAACGAAGACAGUCCGACACCUGUUGAAUUAAGUGAGGAGGACAUUUUGCAAACAAUUCAAGACUAUGCGCAGGCCGCUCGGAACGCAAUCAAGGCUGGCUUUGAUGGCGUGGAAAUACACGGCGCCAAUGGUUAUCUGCCGGACCAGUUUCUCCAAGACACCUGCAACAAACGCACCGAUGCCUGGGGCGGUAGUAUCGAAAAGCGGGCGCGUUUCCACCUCGAGGUGACGAAGGCUGUUAUUGACGCCGUAGGGGCUGACAAGACGGCCGUCCGGUUGAGCCCGUACAGCGAUUUCCAAGGCAUGCUGAUGGACGAUCCGGACCCGACCUUCAAGUACCUAACGGAGGAGUUGAAGCCCUUGGGUCUGGCGUACCUGCACCUCAUCGAGGCGCGAAUCAGCGGAAACGACGACACGAGUUCGGGCGGUCAGCGGACGGUGCAGUGGCUGGUUGAGCUUUGGGACAACACUAGCCCCGUAUUGAUCGCCGGUGGACUGGAUGCAGAGAAGGCAAGGGAAGCAGUUGACGAGACGUACAAGAAGUACGAUGUUGCUAUUGUCUUCGGCCGCUUCUUCAUUUCCAACCCUGACCUUGUCUUCCGCGUUAAAGAAGGCAUUGACCUAGAGAAAUAUGAUAGAACGACCUUUUACACGCCCAAACUGCCAGCAGGGUACAUCGACUACCCUUUCUCGCCCGAAUUUCAGGCAACCUUGAAGGCGUGA